AUGUCCCACUUGUUAUCAGACGUGAACCCCUUUAGCAGAACUGGGAGUGCCGUGUUCAGCACCAUCGUUGAAGACGCCAUGAAAAGGUGCAACGCCAUAGUAAUAUUCGUCGAAGACCAGUUUUGCAGCGAGGACGUCAGCGGCAAAGACCACCAUGGAACCCCUUUCGUUCAUAUACAAGAAGAUUUGAGGCACUUCAAAGCAAAAUACAUCCCAAAUGUCGUUAACCCUUUAAAUGUAUUAAUACGAUCGAUGAAACUGACUGAAACUAAUAUGAUUGCGCUUAAACCUGGUCAAAACUUUCAACCACCAGUCACCGAAACGGUUUUCUAUGUUUUCUUCGAAGACAAUACCUCAGAAAAUAGGAUACAGACUUUACGUCGCCACGACGCCCUCAUAAGGGAGAUAUAUACGGCAACUCAUAAGAUGAGCGGUGGUAAGGUCGUAGGUUUCUAUACGGGCAAAGUUAACCCUGUGUUGCUUUCACAAUACGGCCGCGAGGUGUCCUACGUAGAACCCAUCUUGGAUUCAGAUCAGACUGUCUUUUUGGAAUCUGAAGGAGCUUUGUUCCGUUUUGUUGGUAUCACCAUAGAAACGCCAGGACGCACCAGACGUCAGACGGAGUACACCGAGGCACCGGUGGUGGUAUCAGAGCUGCGCACGCGCACUAUAGCCGGGUCGGAGUUCCUGCGCACGAACAUAGAGUUUCACGGCUUGCAGAUCAAGUUCUCUUUCAGCUUUUCGGACAAUUACUGGUCACUCGAUAACAUAACAUUAGUGGAUGGUGGUGAAGAAAUGGGGUCCACUGUCCUGGGUAUAAGAGUGCCGAUAGAAAACUCUUACUACUGCGACGAGCCACUAAGAGUUAUCAAUGAAAAUGACAGGAGCUACGUCAACAUACCACAAUACCAGAUUCAACCAUUUCGAUCGGCGGUCGACAGAGGUUACGUUCCAUUGCAAGAGGUGCCACCACCACCUCCAGUACAAAACCCUGACGGUCCACCCAUCAUCGACCCACCCAGUGCCGACGGGAAAAACGCCAGUUUCAGCGACCCUUACUUCGAUAUCCCGGUGAAAUGCAACCCUUACUUCGAUAUCCCGAUACUUAGCGGGUUGUUCAUUUCAGCAAUUUGCCUCAGUAUUAUGUUUGUCGGAAUAGCGUUUCUCUUUAAUUGCGAAUCGUACGAUAAAUUUGACGAUCCUCGUGUAAAGGGGCUCGAGUUUGCGGCUACGGAGUAG